AACACAAGCUGUAAAUAGAUAGAGAGAAGUGAGUGAAUGAUUUAUCUUCUUUACCGGGAGAGGUCGGCUAGAAAAAGGCCAGGAAGACACAACUUACUCGCACACGUACCUGAGUUGCUUUGCCGAAAUAUUGGCCCGAAGAUCAAACCCUGUCCGCCUCUUGACUUGUGAUGGAGACUGCUAUUGGUGUGCUGGUGUCCCAGUUCAAGGCAUACGCUGGCAGCGAUGGUUCCUCUGACACGCUGAGCAGAGAUGAGUUCCACAGACUGGUCACAUCAGAGCUCCCUAACUUUGUCAAGAAUGCUGCUGACCCCGCUGCCAUUGACCAGCUCAUGAGCUCAUUGGACAAGGACAAUGAUGGAGAGCUCAACUUCCUGGAGUUCUGGCAGCUGAUUGGGCAUCUCGCAAGCAAGCAUGGGGGGUUCAGCCAAUAGAUAGCGUCCUGUCCUCAGAUACUCUGUUACAGUUUUUUUUAUGCAUGUAACUGACUUGUCUGAGUGCCAUACACAGUUUGAACAAAUGGGAAAACAGCCAAAUGGAAAACACCCUGAAGUCUGUUUCGACUGCAAAUCACUGUUUUUACCAGUAGUCUGCGUUCCUUCUCACCUCGUUGUCCUCUUCUCACCGUGCAACUGCAAAACUGGCACAGACUGUUGCAGAGUACUAUUGAACAAUUUGCAUCAUUAGCAAUGUUAGAACCAGUCCAAGCUGUUUCCCAGCACACACACACACACACACACACACACACAAACACUCACA